AUGAAGCAGAGAUUACGGACAAAGGUGUGGUGCCCAGGCAUAACGAGUGACGUGGAGAAAUUCUGCAAGACGUGCCAUGGAUGUCAGCUGGUGAGUCAACCCAGUCACCUAGAGACAAUCAGGACAACUGAGUUGCCAAGCGGACMUUGGCAAGACAUUGCAUUGGACUUCCUAGGUCCACUACCAUCAGGGCAUUAUAUUUUGUCAGUGAUUGAUUACUACAGCAGAUUCUAUGAAGUUUGUGUAAUGAAGACAACAACWGCAGACAAGGUCGUUGAAAGUCUAGAUGAAAUGUUUUCAAGGCAUGGACUUCCAUUGUCCAUAGCGAGUGAUAAUGGUCCCCAGUUUGUCUCAAAGAUCUUCGCCGAGUACUUGGAGAGCAAUGGUAUAAAACACCACAGGAUAACACCGUUGUGGCCUCAGGCCAAUGGAGAGAUAGAAAGACAAAACAGGUCAAUGUUGAAGCGGAUGCAAAUAGCACAAGCCGAGGGUAAAGACUGGCUGAAGGAACUGCGUACUUACCUUACAGCGUACAGAGCUACACCACACACAACAACAGGAGUUAGCCCUGCUGAGCUGCUAUUCAAAAGGAAGGUGAGAACAAAGCUACCUGAUGUGCAAGAAGGAGUGAGAGAUGACGAGUUUAAAGACAAAGAUUCUGAGAUGAAAAUGAAAGCAAAGUUGUAUGCUGACAAGAGAAGAAAUGCUGCGGAGUCGGAACUUGCUUCAAUAUAG